AUGAACUUCGAAGAACAUAGUCGUGAAUUCUACUUCCUGGUUCCCCUAGCUUCUGAUGGCGCAGGCCCGCUGGAUGGCGAUGAAGAGAUCUAUUGCCUCACACCGGCUGCCAGCUGCCAACACAUCACCUUCGCCGUUGCGGCUGAGUAUGCCCUGUACUCUUCACCGAACCUGCUGAAGCUCUUAGAUGCCGUGCCCGGUUCAUCCCUGACAAUCUUCUCCGGCAUGGGUUCUCUGGGUAUCCCUCCCCGGACAAUCCAGGACCUCCUCACCACUUACGGGAUCACGCGGUGUUUUCUCGAUCUGAGGGUAACAAAGCCCUGCCGCACUUGCUCGCAGGGAGGGGUCUGCAGCUUGCAGUAA